AUGAAACUGAAGAUAAUUAUCCUUUUGGCAAUUUUGGGAGGAGUUUUGUCAGCACCAUUUGCCAAAGAAAAUGAAGCUAAGACAUUUAUCCGACAAAGACGACAGACAGGUUACUGGGAUCCAAAUGAUCCUCAAAACAUUUGGGGAUACACCGUUCAAGAACAGGCCAACGAAUACUGGACAGCACUCCGCACAAAUGCACAGUACUACAUGGACAUGGGACAUCUGAUGUUUGACCGCUCUGUGGCUGAUGAGAACAACCGCAUGUAUAUGGAGAUGCUGCGGAACGCCAGAGCUCAGCUGGACAGUCACACGGGGACACAGGGAUGA